AUGGUUAAAAAAACUCCAAAAUCAAAAUUAAAUUUUUUCCCCCCUACAAAAUAUCAAUUUCUCAUGUUCGAAAAAAAGAGAAAGAACGGUAAUUCUAUUAUAGAGAAAAACCUUAAAAAAAGGAAGGGUAUUUAUAUGAAAACAAUGGAUGGGGAGUUAAACAACGUAGAGGAAGAAAUUAAAAUAGAAAAAGAAAGAUUAAAAAAGACUGCUAUAGAUAUAAUCGAAAAUUUUACCAAAGAAAGGAGAAUAGACUACAAAGACUUGAAAAGGUGUUUUAGUGAUAAUUCUGAUUUAAAAUUUUAAUAAAAAAGAAGUUAAAGACUAGAGAAUAAUAAGAAAAAUAAAAAAGACCAUCACAUUGAGAGAUGA